AUGAAGUACUCUAUCGUCUUCACCACUCUCGCCGCUGGUGCUUCGGCCCACGGUGUCAUCCGCAACAUUGUCGGUGCCAAUGGCGUUUCCAUGCCUGGUCUUGGAGUUGCCGAUGGCACUCCCCGCAACUGCGCCUCCAACGCGUGCGGUGCGCAGGCCGACACCUGCAUCAUCCGUGACGCCGACAUUUCCGGUGGCCGUAGCCCUCUCGGCUGGACCCAGGGUAACGGCGACGUCCACCCGGAUGAGGUCGUCGCCUCCUUCAUGGGCCGCGGCAGCAAGGUGGCCACCAACAACGGCGCCUCGGGCGCCACCGGCGUCGAGGACAGCAUCCCCGCCAACAUCCUCACCCAGCAGCGCGCCCAGCGCCGCGAGGAGCACAUGAACGAGAUGCGCGGCGUCUUCAGCGGCAUCUUCAACCUCCCCGUCGUCGGCGUCCUCGGCCUCGGCGGCACCCCCAAGGACUACCCCAAGGAGACCAUCGUCGGCGACAUGGCCGGCCAGGGCGCCGAGAAGGGCAUGCCCACCAGCAACGACAACGGCGAGGUCAGCCUGAUCUACCGCCAGGUCAACCAGGACGGUGCCGGCCCCCUCACCGCCGCCAUCGACCCUACCUCCGGCGGCAAGGACGGCUCCGCCUUCAAGAGCGCCAGCAUGCCGCUCAACAUGCCCGGCGUCGGCAUCUCCGGCCUCUCCGUCGCCACCAACACCGACUACCCCAUCACGGUCAAGAUGCCCCAGGGCAUGACCUGCGAGGGCGAGAUCGCCGGCGUCAAGAACGUCUGCGUCGUCCGCGUCCGCAACCAGGCCUUUGCCGGUCCCUUUGGCGGCGCCGCCGCGUUCGUCCAGAGCGAGGGCGCCCGCAAGCGUGCCGUCGCCUACCGCCUGAAGAAGCGCUUCGAGAUCAACCGCGAGGCCGAGGAGUAA